CGUCACUUCUGUGUAUACAGUUUGUAAACAUAGCCAAAACAAAGAUGGAUUCAUCAAAAGGUUUAAUCUAAAAAUAAGCCAGAUCGAAUAACCAAAUAGCACAAAUUGUAAUCGGUGUCAUGCACAGUUCGCUGACUUUGGUAUAGGUAUAAUUAGGUACAGUAUUUACAUGUCGUUGUUUGGAGCGAUAUUUACUUUUAUUUCCAAGUUGCACGGCGAUUAUUAUUGUUUUUCUGCAUCGACGUUGGAGGGCUUCUGCUCGUUCCUGCUAGCUAGCUACCCAGCUGGCUAGCUAAGCUAAGCUUACUGAUAAAGAACAACUUAUCUAGCAAGACACGUCAAAAAAAAUACGUGCUUAUCUUGCUGUCCUCUUAGCUAGCUGUCCUGGUCGUAGUGGGUGUUGUGUGUGCUGGUCCAGUUCAAUGGGGAACUGUUUGUUUUCGCAAGGCGCCGACGACUUGUCUCUCCUCAACGAGUCCGAGGGAGCCAGUGUUCCAGGGGAGCCUCCACCGCCUUACCAGGAGCGUGUCCAGGCGCCAGUAUACCACCCCACCCCCAGUCAGACGCGCCUGGCCAGCCAGCUGACAGAGGAGGAGCAGGUCCGUAUCGCCCAGCGGAUCGGCCUCAUCCACCACCUCCCCAGAGGCAUCUUCGACCCCGGCUCUGAGCCCUCUGACAAGAAAGUCAAAGAGUGUGCGAUCUGCAUGAAUGACUUUGAGUACGGCGAUCCCAUCCGGUUCCUUCCCUGCCUGCACAUCUACCAUGUGGACUGCAUCGACGCCUGGCUGAUGAGGUCCUUUACCUGUCCUUCCUGUAUGGAGCCUGUGGACGCAGCCCUGCUCUCCUCCUAUGAGACCAACUGAACUGAGCUGAGCAGUCUCUGGCUGGGUCCUGUUCAUUAGGCCAAACGGAAGAAAACAGAUUAAAACAGGGAGGGACUUGUCCAAUACGAAACGCUCGUUCAAAUGUUUUCAGUUGCAAAACUAUUCCCUAUUUAAUGUACUACUUUUCACCAGAGCCUUAUAGGCCCUGAUCCAAAGUAGUGCACUAUAUAGGGAAUAGGGUGCCAUUUUGUACAGAAUCCUAGCGACUUCCCCUCUAAUAGAGGUGCCAAACGCCCUUAUGACACAUCACCCCUUUAACCCGGAUGUUCUGUUCUAGUCACACAGACAGCUGCCCUGGGAGGAGAGGUGGGUUGUGUCAAAAUAUGUAGGGUGUGCUAUGAUGUGCCACACUGAGAGUGUUGAAAAUGGGGCUUUUGUAAUUAGGAACGUCUCUCUUUCGCCUUUUCAGACUUGUUGCCAAAUACAUGUAAAGGAUAUAGAUGGAGAACUUUAGAAGUCAUGAUGAGAGACAUUAUUGACAACUGAUUUCACUUUUGGAUGAUCUGAGGGUGGUAGACUAGAGAUUGGCCCAUUAGUUUAGUUUAUGUAACCUGGUCUUGGAUCUGUUAGUGCUGUCUUCUUAACAACAGCACAACAAUUGGCAAGACAGCACAAACAGAUCUGGGACCAGGCUAUAGCCUAGUUUAUGUGGUUGGUUCAUCCCCCUCCAGACCAAAAUGUGCAAUAUGAUAUGAGGAAGUGCAAGAAUUGCUCUGUUCUGAUUGGUCAAAAGAAGGUGACCCCGACCUUAACACUGCUGUCUCGGCCAAUUCGCUUUAAGACUGGUAUGGCCUUGAAUGUCUCUCAAAAAGCACAGUGCUCUUUACUAGAAUGCCAUUUUUUUCUAAUCAAAGGGCAAUCAUAGAGAGAGAAAAAAGUUCACAAAGUAAUGAGAAUAAACUAUGAGGUCUCCAUCCCAUGCCUGUCUAGUAGGCUACUUCAUGACUUACUACUGGCCUCAUACCUUCAUUGGAGAUGUUACUACUGGCCUCAUACCUUCAUUGGAGAUGUUGGAUUUGUAUGUACAGUGGGGAGAACAAGUAUUUGAUACACUGCCGAUUUUGCAGGUUUUCCUACUUACAAAGCAUGUA